CUACUAACUUAUGCUCUUUUACAAGCUAACUAUUUAAGCUACUUUCUGAAUUAUGACAUUAAAAGCAGCUUGAAGUCAACAUGAAAUACGGAGAUCUAACUUGAUGUCUGAAAUUUGGAGGGCGGAAUGUUUUCCCAGCGGUUUUGGAAGUGUCAGACUCUCUGUUGGUGUUAGCGAAAUAGUAUCUUUGGUUCAGAUGCUCAGUGAAAGAUGUCUCGUAUAUUUCUUUUGCCCUUUUUUAAUUUUUAAUGUAACAAUAAUAUUUCAGAGUAAUAACAACUUGAGCGCGAGAACAAGAACCAACGCUAUGCAGGAAACAGAGGAACAUCAGUAUUCGGAGCCACAAUAAAAUGGCCACUUCCAUGGUGGAUCCAAGCCGCCAUUUGCCUCAAGUGCAAGAGGAAGAACAAACCUGUAGUUGCAACCUCCGAAGCUAAUCCAAACUAGUGGGAGGUUUUGUGCAGAAAACAAGAGAAAAGACUCGAGGAUAGCAAUGGUUCGUGGGAAGGUUCAGAUGAGGAGGAUAGAAAACCCUGUGCACAGGCAGGUCACCUUCUGCAAACGGCGGAUGAGCCUGCUUAAGAAGGCCAAGGAGUUAUCUAUUUUAUGUGAUGCUGACAUUGGUGUCAUUGUGUUCUACGCUCAUGGAAAGAUUUAUGAGUUAGCUACCAAUGGGAACAUGCAAGGCUUGAUCGAGAGGUACAAGAGUGCCUAUACGCAAAGGAAAGGUGAAAGUAGCGAACAGAACAAACCUCAGGCAAUACAACAAGAGGUACUAAUGUUAACACAUGAAAUUGACUUACUUCAGAAGGGCUUAAGAUACAUGAAUGGUGAGAGAGAUAUAAACCACAUGAAUCUUGAUGAGCUCCAAGCCCUCGAAAACAAUCUUGAAAUCUGGGUCAAUAACAUUCGCUCCCAAAAGAUGCAGAUCAUGUCUAGGGAGAUCGAGAUGCUCAGGAACCAGGAAGGCAUAUUGAAGGCUGCAAAUGAUAUACUUCAAGAAAGGAUAAUCGAGCAGAAUGGGAUUCUGGAUGUCAGCAGCAACACGAUGAUACCACAAGUGACAUACCCACUUGCCAUGGAGAGUAACUACUAUCUCUAGCCUAAACUACCGUUCUAUCAAGUUAUCUCGCCAGCUCUGUCUGAAGUCUAAGAUACCAUGCAAGUACCUCCUAUGAUCUUGUAUUGUCAUCCCUUCCAUGUUCUGAAAAAAAAAACAGCAGUUGCAUCUGUGCAACUUCUGACAUAUGUA